AUGGGUGAAAACAUUUUGAAAGGGUAUAUCUUUAAGCAGUCGGACUGGUUACGGGACAAAGCAAACUGUACACAUCUACCCCAUAACAAUAACCUUCCCGAGGGACAAGAGCUGCCGUCUCAGCCGGAGAGGGCUACAAGGAUCGUUGGUAGCCAAGAAUCAAGGUUAUUAAGCGAAGGCAACGAAGGCGAUUCAGGCGUUAGGCAGCGAAGGCAGCAAACAGCAUAUUCAGUCGAAAACGGAGGGGAGCAAGCGCUUAGCUGGAGAAAAGGAAGCCAUUGCAAGGUCUUGGCAGGGACCGAUGCCCUGUUUCGGAAUGGUGGGUCAGCAGGGAGAGAAAGGGCUGAGCUGAUGGACGGCUGGACAUCUCAGAUACGUGGUGGAGUAAUUAUCCCUGCAUCAGCAAGAUGGACGAAUGUGAUCGACGAUUCCCAGCACCGCCACAAAACAAUCGAAUCUCAGAUCCUUCGGGGGCUCGGGGUUCAACCCCUCUCGAUAAUGGGAGAACUAGAUCGAAACCGGUUUACUAAAAGUGGAGAAGGGAAGGCACUGGUUCAUGCGACGCAAAGUAAAUCACAUCAUGGGUCGCAGCGGAUGCGAUCGAGAGGAUCGACCGCAGCAAAAAGCAAACGCCCACGAGGCUGUGGCGCAUGCCGAUCAAUAUGUGGCUGUGCAUCUUGGAGGAGGGAUGAUGAACAGCACUUUACUUUCAUCACAUCAAUAGCUUUGUUCAGGAUGCUUGGCCUGGUCUCAGCUAGCCCAGAUAUACUACAUGCCCACACUGAUUGGAUGGAGGCACAGUCCGAAGGAGCACCAUCGUGGCUUACUAGCUUGCUGCUGGCCCCCCCGGUUCGAGGUGCCCUAUAUUCAUCUCGCCCCCGAGACAUCCGAACCCCUCCUGGUUCGUCUGCAUCAAGCAUAGUGGGAUCGCUAGUCCAUCCCGGCCAGAUACCCGAUCUAAGACAGAUUCACAUGGGUGGGGGUGUGUUUGACCGGGUCAGACUACGAUUUGACCCAAAUAUUGGUCCCAAUCCUAGUAAGACGAACACGCCCUAG